UUAUCACCUCCACCGGGGGCCCUUGCACCUUGCUCCCCUCAUCAGGACCCCUUCCUUCCUCUCCAGGGCAUCCAUCUCCUCCAAGUCUCUGCAAAAGAACUGCUUCGUCUUCUAGAUGCCUUCUUGAGCCUGCUUGUAACCACCCACAGACACUUGCAAGGAGGAAAGGAGUCGGCCUGACAGAGACACUCUGAAAUGAAGGAUUAGAGGCCGGGAUUCAAGGAGUAGGCGCUACAAUCAGAAGGCGAGGGAGCAGGCCCUGAAGUCGCUUCUACCAAGAGGUGUGCCAUGGCCUCUCUUGGUCUCCAACUUAUAGGCUACAUCCUGGGCCUUCUGGGGCUGUUGGGCACCCUGGUCGCCAUGCUGCUCCCCAGCUGGCGAACAAGUUCUUACGUUGGUGCCAGCAUUGUGACGGCAGUUGGCUUUUCCAAGGGCCUCUGGAUGGAGUGUGCCACACACAGCACAGGAAUCACCCAGUGUGACAUCUACAGCACCCUUCUGGGCCUGCCUUCUGAUAUCCAGGCUGCCCAGGCCAUGAUGGUGACAUCGAGUGCAAUCUCUUCGUUGGCCUGCAUUAUCUCUGUGGUGGGGAUGAGAUGCACAGUCUUCUGCCAGGACUCCCAAGUCAAAGACAAAGUGGCGGUAGUGGGAGGAGUCCUCUUCUUCCUUGGAGGCCUCCUGGGCUUCAUCCCUGUAGCCUGGAAUCUUCACGGGAUCCUGCGGGACUUCUACUCUCCACUGGUGCCUGACAGCAUGAAAUUUGAGAUCGGAGAGGCACUUUACUUGGGCAUUAUUUCCUCCCUGUUGUCCUUGAUAGCUGGAAUCAUCCUCUGCUUUUCCUGCCCAUCCCAGGGAAAUCGCUCCAACUACUACGAUGCCUACCAGGCUCAGCCCCUCGCCACUAGGAGCUCUGGUCAACCACCCAAAGCCAAGAAUGAGUUUAACUCCUACAGCCUGACAGGGUAUGUGUGAAGAACCAGGGGACAGCGCUUGGGGGGUGGCUGGGUCUGUGAAAACCCGUGGACAACCCCUCCCCGGGGCCACAGGUGAGGGACAUUGCCACUGGAUCAUGUCAGAAGGUGCUGCUGAGGAUAGACUGACUUUGGCCCACUGGAUCAAGCGAAGGCAGACAUGGGAGCUGGUGUGACAGUUUUCAGGUUGAAUUGCCAAGAAGUCAAGCCAGUCUUUCUGUUUCCUUCACCUUGGCCCUCUUACCCCCCGCCUUGAGUGCCCAGCCUUCAACUGCGAACACCAAGCCCCUGCUCUAGGUCAGGCUCCAGAGACUCCCUUCUGACUUUGGUUUACUUGGGAAUCCAUCUUAAACGCCCCCUUCCCUGACGACCCUGUAUGAUCAAGGACUAUCCCUCUUAGCUCAU